UAUGUGUGCAGCAGCAGCGGCUUUGUGUGGCAAAUGAAUUCAAGCUCCGCAAACAAAAGAAAAUGCAGCUUAAGUGAACUUCCUGCGUUCACAAUAACAGCAACAACAACAACAACGAGUGGGAGGGAGGCGGCGCAGGCAACGCAACUUUAGCCAAUUACCAAAACCAACAGCAACAACAACAACAUCAACAGCAACAACAACAACAACAAAGUGCAAUGGCCGCCUCCACAUCAACGCCACAAAAUUACAAAGUGCCAUCGACGAGCAAAAUAUCUGUGGAUAAACUUUUACGUGUCGGCUACUACGAGCUGGAGAAAACCAUAGGAAAGGGAAAUUUCGCCGUAGUCAAACUGGCCACAAACAUAGUGACCAAGACAAAGGUGGCCAUCAAGAUCAUCGAUAAGACAUGCCUCAACGAGGAAUACCUGAGCAAGACGUUUCGCGAGAUAUCGAUACUCAAAUCGCUGCGUCACCCGCACAUAACGCGCCUCUACGAGGUGAUGGAAUCGCAGUCGAUGAUCUAUCUGGUGACCGAAUAUGCGCCCAACGGCGAGAUCUUUGAUCAUCUGGUGGCCAACGGGCGCAUGAAGGAGCCGGAGGCGGCGCGUGUCUUCACACAGCUCAUCUCGGCGGUGCACUAUUGCCAUCUGCGUGGAGUGGUGCAUCGAGAUCUCAAGGCGGAGAAUGUGCUGCUCGACAAGGACAUGAACAUAAAGCUGGCUGACUUUGGCUUUAGCAAUCACUACGAGGAGGGCAGUCCGUUGCGCACGUGGUGCGGCUCACCGCCCUAUGCGGCGCCCGAGGUGUUUCAGGGCCUGGAAUACGAUGGCCCCAAGUCGGAUAUCUGGAGUUUGGGCGUAGUGCUCUAUGCGCUUGUCUGCGGCGCAUUACCCUUCGACGGCAAGACCAUAUUGGAGCUCAAAAGUCGCGUGGUGCAAGGCAAAUUUCGUAUACCCUUCUUCAUGUCGCAGGAUUGUGAGCAUUUGAUACGAAAUAUGCUCGUCGUGGAACCAGAUCGUCGUUAUACCAUCAAACAGAUCAUCAAACAUCGCUGGCUGAGCGACUGGCAAGCGGAGCUGCAGCAGGAGGAGCGUCUGGAUGUCAGUGCGCUGCCUUUUGGCACUGGCCCGCAGCUGCAGUCCAGCUCGUUGGGCAGUUCGACUACAUCGCUAUCGGGCGCUGACAGCUCAGAGGUCUCGUCGACACCUCAGCUGGAUGCUGUGGUCAUGACGCACAUGCUGCAGCUGCCCGGCCUGACGGCCGAUAUGAUUGCGCAGUCGGUGCAUGAGCAACGCUUCGAUAACAUCUAUGCCAUAUACAAUCUGCUGCAGGACAAGCUGCUGCAGAAGCGACGCGAAAACCAAAGACUGCAGCAUCAUGCAAACCUUGCCUACUCCAGAUCCCGCAAGACAAGCAUCACCACUGGCGUUGUGGAUCGCUCGGAGCCCGUCAAACAGGAAUCUCUCGAUCGGCUCAGUCCGCUGAACAGCAAUGUGAAUGCCUCCAAUACGGCGCUGGGCUUUGGCUGGUGUGCCGACGUCGGCGUCGAUUUGGAGAAGUUCGGCGACUUUGAGCUGGAGUGUCUGGCGCGUUCCAAUGAGCCACCUGUCAAUUCGCAGCACUUGAGUGCCACGGCGGGUGGCACUUCUGGUGCCAAUACGCGUCGCCACACGGUCGGACCGGGCGAUGUGGCACACGAACAGGCGCUGGCCAAUCCUCAGAUGCCGCCCAUUGACUUCAAGUGUGCGCCGCAGUGUAACGAUGCGGGCCAAGCGACGCUCUACUAUCCCACAAAUUUGCCCAUGCUGCAGAAUCAGCCGCUGCACAAUUUGACCAUCAAGGAUCAGCAUCUGCUCAAGCCGCCCGUUGUCAUGGGUGCCAGCUCGUUUGGACGACGCGCCUCGGAUGGCGGCGCCAAUCUACACAUUUAUUACCCCGCCAGCAUUUCGGCGGGCAACAGCGGCGUUGCAGCCACUCCACAGCAAAUGGACACCACGGGCUAUUACAUCAAUGCCAAUUUGAAUAACGCGCCCGGCACAUCGGAGCUGUCGCCGCUCGGGGAACAGACGCCGGGCCAGCUGCACUGCUGUCCGGAAAAUAGCGGCGAGGAGUGCAGCGAGGAAAUACAAAGAUACAUGCAGAAACGUGGUUGUGUUAAGCGCCAUACCGUGGGCUGCACCGAGGAUCUGUCCGUUAGCCAUAGUCCCGGGGAAAUGGGUCACAUGCAGGUGGGCCAGCCAGGUGCACAGGCCCAGACGCCCACCGGCAAUGGUGCAGGCGGUGGGAAUAUGCGCACCCGACGCACAGGUCUGCUGACCGUUACGGAACGACCGCCAGUCAUUUGCCCUGAGCUAAUACGCGAAGUUGAAUCUCGCAUGAAUCGCGACUAUUUGCCGCCCACACUCAAAUCGCUUAGCCAAUCCCCGCCCAAUGCGGCCACAUUUGGCUUGGGCGUCGCCAUGGCUGGCUCCGGCGCGCCACAUUCGUUGCCAUUGAGCAUAGCUGGGGUGGGCGGUGGCAGCAGCUCAGUGCCGCUCGUAGUAGCGCCCCCAACGGCGGCUAACAAUCGACGCGCCUAUCGCGCCGCCCACUGUAAGCUGCCCACUGUGCAGGAGGGUGCGACUAUAGGACGCUACAGUCCAGUGCGUCGCGCCUCGGAGGGCUCACGCUCACAGUUCCAGGGGCCGCUGCAGGAAUGCCAAUCGCUGCAAAAAGGUAUCGCACAGAGAAAUUUUUUGGUUGCACCCAGUCCGCCGCUUUUAGAAAAUUCGAUCAGUCUGCCAGGCUCGCCCAUACAUGGCAAACCCACGAACUUGCAGCUGGCUUUGCGUCGCGGUCACGACAUUGAGGUGCCGCCGGAGGCGAUCAAGAAUCUGAUGCCCGCCUUGGAUCGUCUGGUGAAGGAGCAGCGCGUCAGCUUCGAAAUUGCCAAAAAGAUAAUCUCAUCGAAUGUGGUGCCCAUUGAUUUGGCGCCGCAGCUGGGCCUGGCGGCCCAUGCGGCGAGUGGUGCAGCGGUCAGCGGUGGCUAUUUGGAUCAGUCGCAUCUGCACCAGCCGCAGCCCAUGCAUAGCUACAGUGUAUCGCCGUUGACGCUGCCGCACGGUCCCAACGCCUCGCUCACUUCCGCCAAGCAGAUGUUCGGCCAGCCCAUCUGCGGCUAUCAGUAUCAGGCGGCGACGACGACCGCGACGAUGGGUGUUGCAGCAGCUGGCGGUGCGGCGCUGUCGCUAACGCUGCCAUUGCAGCCGCAGCAGCUGGUGGGUCAGUUCAGCAGCAUCAAUUUGGGAGCCAGCAACUCGAACAGCAGCAGCGGCUGCCAGUCGCCCGUCUACAGUGGCUGCCUUGCGAACAGCAACAGCAAUAGCAACAGCGGCAGUGGGUUCAGCGGCAGCUGCUCGCCCAAUCCCAAUCCGUAUCUGCCCGGCACUGGGCCAUUCAGUCCCUGUGUGAAUGCGAAUGCUGUGGCCGCAGCCACCUCGCCGCUGCAUCAGAUCACCAAAGGCAUCUCUGGCUUGAGCACAGGCGGCGGCUCGAUCACGCGCGGCACCUCCGCUGCCAGCGAAGGCGUCGCCCAGCAGCCGCUCGACUUGUCCAUGGACGUGUGCAGCAUAGAUCAGCCGGCUGACUACGCCAGCACACCGAACUGGUUUAUACCCACGGCAGCGUAUUAUGACCUAAAGCCCUUAAAUCUAUCGCCGGCACAGCCAGUGCGUGUUGUGCCCACGCCGCCGGCAUCGCCCAAUUUGUGCAUCAUCCAAGAGGAGAACGGCAAUGGACAGAUGUGCCAUACCAUCAGUACGGGCACACCAUAUGCGGGCUGCACUGGUGGCAUAACGCCACAGAUAUGCCUAACCGAUGUCCAGGGCAGUGAGAUAACGCUCGUGGCGCUCUCCUCGGAUAACAGCAGGGACAGCGAGGAUUCGCUGGAGCCGCAAACGCCGAUUAUGUCGCUGCAGGGCCUGAUCAUUACCGAGGCGAGUAGCGAUAUGCCAUCCAUAACGCGUGGCAUUGGACGCAAGGCCAGCUUGGACUGUGAGCCGAUGGGCUCCAAUCAUGGCCAUGCUGGCCAGAGUUCGGCACAGGCGGAGGCGCAUAGGCGUGGCAGCGAUAAAUCGCUGGGCUUCUCCGAUGAUUCGCUGAGCAACGAUUCGAAUAAUUUGUCACCCUCCUGCCAGGAGCCGUCGGCCAGUUCGGGCUUCAAAUCCGACUCACAUUCCGAAAUGGGCGAUCACACCGAGUGUGGUCAUCUGACGCCCGACUCCAUGUGCGACUCGCGUCGCAUGUCAGACGAGAUGUGCUACGAGGUGCCGUUGCCACACGAAUGCUCCAACUUGGACUCGACUCGCAUACUCGAGAUGGUUAAGCAGACAAUCGAUUCGACUAUGCCGCCCAAGGGCUUUGUGCUGCACAAGGGCAGCAUUAGCUCGGAGGAUAGUGGUGCCGAGUCGCGUCAUAGCAGCGCCUCCAAUGCCUCCAGCGAAGCGAUGCCGCAUGCCGCAGCCAACAGCAGCACUAGCCACAACACUAGCAACAGCAAUGCGCCAGCCUGCAACACAGCCAGCUAUGCUGAGCCGACCACGAAUCUGAGUCUGGAGUACUCCGGUGGCCUGCAGAUCGAGCUGCAGGUGUGCGAGGGGCGUAGUCGGGAUCAUCAUGGCGCUGCCAAGGGCAUCAAGCUGAGGCGCAUCUCGGGGGAUCAGUUCGAGUAUGGUAAAAUAUGCCAGCAGCUGAUUAGUACCAUUACCAUGCAACAGGUGGCGGGCUAAGGCUCAGGCAUUGUAGCCAAUAUGUAUGUGUGCCUGUGCGUGUGUGUGUGUGUACAUGUGUAUGUGUGUUACUGUAACUGUAUCUCUGUGUGUCCCGUAGCUUAGAGAAACCAAACGUAAAUGACUCGCCUUGCCUAUAAACUCUGCGUAGCUGUGAUUUAAGCCGAUAUGUACAUAUAUAGAGUGCAUAUAAAUAUGUAAAGUGUGUGUGUGUGUGUGCGUGUCAAAAGAGAAGAGAAUAGAAAGGAGAAAAGAGAACAAUUAAUUCAAGCAGCCGUACGAAUACACUAUAAGCAAUUGAGAAAGAUAACAGAUA